CAUUAACUUUGACAGUUGAAAAUUGUUCGUUAAGUGUUGUGCAUCGGCCAAUAUUUCUCUGGGUUUUUGGUUGCAAAGUGGUAUAGUGAAUUAAACAAAAAAGUUAUUUAUUAAAUACGAAAACUAAAAUGCAAUUAGAAAGGAAAAAGUCAUACAAAAGCCAGAUACGGACUAGAAAUAAACAUUGUUUGCAAAAAGACACGUCCAGUGAUACAAAUAAACAGUCAUCGGUACGUUGUUUAUCAUCUUCAGGCGCUCCAUUAGCCCCAACGCUCUUGUUGCCAUCCAUACUGCUGCUUGAAAAAAGUGAAAAAUCAAUGCUUCAUCAUUUAUUAUGUUGCCCGGAUGCACUUCAAUCUCGACGUAGCAAUCACAGUGCAUCCAAUCGUUCCCGUGUGCAUUCAAAAGUGCAAAGCCUUCCUAUACUCGUGUUAUCUAUAAUUGCUAUAUAUGAAUGCUUUUCUUUUGGCAUCUGUGCAGAAAUCAAAAGUAAAAGUGGUUUAUUGAGUGGAUCAUUAGAAACAUCAGGGGGCGAUCUGGUACCUAGAAUUAUCGAAAAUGUUCCUAGCGAAAGCAAGAGCAAUGCAUCUGUGGCGCAAUACUCAGAUUCAGCACAACUUAAACAUCGAAUUGCACGUGAUACCACCAUUGAUGAUCUUAAAGUUAUUGGAUUUCGUGUAGAGUCUAGCAACAAUGAAAUCGAUUAUCACGACGGAGGCGUGCCAAGUGUUCUUAAAGACGCCGAUUUCACAAUGCGAAUUUUCGGCAAAGGUAUUACACCAGAUACGGUUAUAACAUUUACUACCAUAUCCAACACGUUCGGUGGAAAAUGUCAAAUACCGGCAACAUUAUUGUACAAACCUAUAGAAGGUUCAGCGACCAACGAAUCUGCAGUCUAUCGGUUGUCACUUCCAAAACUAGACAAAGCCAUGACCAAUGGCAGCGAAAUAUUUUACUUGUGUGCUAAAAAUGAUCCGCAAAUGGACAUAGGAACCGCUACAGAUACUAAACCAAUGGUACAUCAAGGCGGAGAUAUUUAUCUCCAAAUGCGAACAUAUGAAAAUUUGCUGCCAAUCUGGCUAUCAAUUGUCAUCAUCCUUGUUUGUUUGGGCUUCUCUUCACUAUUUUCGGGUCUCAAUUUGGGUCUGAUGUCACUUGAUCGUACUGAGUUGAAGAUCCUUUGCAACACUGGUUCGGCUCGCGAACGACAAUAUGCCAGAAUUAUUCAACCAGUCCGUGAUCAAGGAAAUUUCUUACUCUGCAGUAUUCUAUUGGGUAAUGUGUUGGUGAACUCUACAUUCACUAUUCUCUUGGAUGGAUUAACGUCGGGUCUUUUUGCUGUUAUUGUGUCCACGCUUGCAAUUGUUAUAUGUGGUGAAAUCACACCUCAGGCUGUUUGUUCUCGUCACGGUUUGGCGAUAGGUGCUAAAACAAUUGGAAUUACAAAAGUAGUAAUGGUGCUCACAUUCCCAAUGUCAUAUCCGAUUUCAAAAAUGUUAGAUUGUGCGUUGGGUGAAGAAAUCGGUAAUGUUUAUAAUCGGGAGCGUCUAAAGGAAUUGGUGAAGGUCACAACUGGUGUUAACGAUCUAGAUAAGAAUGAAGUCAAUAUUAUUUCUGGUGCACUGGAGUUGCGUAAAAAGACUGUAUCCGAUGUAAUGACACAUAUCGAUGAUGCUUUCAUGCUAUCACUUGACUCUGUUUUAGACUUUUCAACUGUGUCGGAUAUUAUGAAGUCAGGUUUCUCCCGUAUACCCGUCUACGAUGGGGAUAGGAAAAAUAUCGUUACCCUGUUGUACAUUAAAGACUUGGCAUUUGUUGAUACCGAUGAUAAUACCCCAUUACGUACGCUUUGCGAGUUCUAUCAGAAUCCUGUACAUUUCGUUUUUGAGGAUAUGACUCUGGAUCUUAUGUUUAAUCAAUUUAAAGAUGGUACGAUCGGCCAUAUUGCAUUUGUACAUCGCGUAAACAACGAGGGUGACGGCGAUCCAUUCUAUGAAACAAUCGGUCUCGUAACUCUUGAAGAUGUUAUUGAAGAGUUAAUUCAGGCUGAGAUUGUUGAUGAAACGGACGUAUACAUCGACAAUCGCACGAAGGUGCGUCGCAAUCGCAGCAAAAAGCAGGACUUCUCCGCUUUUGCUGAACGUCGUGAAAAUCAAAAAAUACGCAUUUCUCCACAACUCACACUGGCCACGUUCCAGUAUUUAAGUACAUCUGUCGAUGCCUUUAAAAAGGAAGUCGUUUCCGAAACAAUCUUGCGGCGCCUACUUAAUCAAGAUAUUAUCCAUGCCAUCAAGUGCAAGGGUAAAAGCAAAGAUGAUCCCCGUCUGUUUAUUUACCAACAAGGAAAGGCAGUGGAUUUCUUCGUACUUAUUUUAGAAGGACGUGUCGAAGUAACUGUUGGUAAAGAGAAUUUACUCUUCGAAAGUGGCGCAUUUACUUACUUUGGUACCGCAGCACUUCAACCAAAUGUUGUUGUUGAUUCGCCUACUCAACAAUUACGUGGAUCUAUUCAGUCAUUGAACAUAGAUGCCAAGAUUCGCCAGACAUUUAUACCAGACUAUUCGGUUCGUGCAGUCACUGAUGUCGUCUACAUCGCUAUAAAGCGUAGCCUUUACUUAACUGCCAAGAAAGCGACACUUUUAGAAAAGACCCGCAAGAGUGGCAUUGAAAUAAACAGUGAAAUAACUGAUGAUGAAGUGGAAAAG